AAGCAUCUCCGUGUUAGAACAGUUUAGACUUCUUGGCAAAAAAAAAAAAGGCUUCAUUUUUCUUGCAUAUUGAUCUUGUUUACAUUAUUAUCCAAAACAGUACAAGAAAAAAAAUCUUCAUUAUAUAUAUUGGCUUGGUGGGUGGACAAAAAAAACUUGCCCUUUCCUUUUCUUGCAUAAUUUUCCUAGUAUGGUAAUUAUAUUCACUUAUUACCCAAGAUAGUGGAAGAAAAGGAAGUACAUUACAUAAUUGUGGUUGGUUUUGGUUUAUUUGGCUUGGAGUUUAGUUAAAGUAGGAGAAAAAGAGACUACUCUUUGCUUUGAUGGAGCUUUGAAGUGAUUUUAACUCUUCAGAUUGGGAAAUUGUUACUUUGCUUCUCUUUCUUGCUGGUUUUGGUAAUUGAAACAACUCACUUUACAAUAGUACUAGAUGGCGACACUUGCAGAUAUAGGCCUUUCAGCAGCGAUAAAUAUUAUAUCUGCGUUAAUCUUUCUUGUGGCAUUUGCAAUUCUGCGGCUUCAACCAUUCAAUGACAGAGUUUAUUUCCCCAAAUGGUAUCUUAAGGGGUUGAGGCACAGUCCCACCCACUCUGGGCCGUUAGUCACGAAAUUUGUUAAUGUUGAUUGGAGGGCAUAUGUAAGGUUUCUGAACUGGAUACCGGAUGCACUGAAAAUGCCUGAACCUGAGCUUAUUGACCAUGCGGGGUUGGACUCUGCUGUUUAUUUGCGGAUAUACUUGCUAGGGCUGAAAAUCUUUGUUCCUAUAACAUUGCUUGCAUGGGCUAUCCUGGUACCCGUAAAUUGGACAAAUAGCACUCUGACAAAAUCCGACUUUACUUAUAGCGACAUUGAUAAGCUUUCCAUUUCAAAUGUUCCACUUGGGUCACUCAGGUUUUGGACGCAUAUUGUUAUGGCCUAUGCCUUCACAUUUUGGACCUGCUAUGUCCUAAAAACUGAGUAUGAAAAUGUUGCAGCCAUGAGGCUGCAGUUUGUCGCUUCUGAAAAACGUCGCCCUGACCAAUAUACAGUCCUUGUUAGGAAUGUUCCGCCUGAUGCCGAUGAAUCAGUUAGUGAAUGUGUGGAGCACUUUUUCCUGGUUAACCAUCAAGAUCAUUAUCUCAUGCAACAGGGCGUGUAUGAUGCCAACAAACUAGCAAAAUUGGUGAAGAAGAAGAAGAGUAAGCAAAAUUGGCUCGACUAUUACCAGCUUAAGUACUCCAGGGAUCAAUCAAAACGGCCUAUGAUGAAGACUGGUUUCCUUGGCUGCUUUGGAGAAAAAGUCGAUGCAAUUGACCAUCAGACUGCUGAAAUUGAAAGAUUGUCAAAAGAGAUAGCUGAAGAGAAACAAAGGGUACGAAAAGACCCAAAGUCUAUCGUGCCUGCAGCGUUUGUCUCCUUCAAAAGCCGGUGGGGUGCCGCUGUUUGUGCACAAACACAGCAAUCCAGAAAUCCAACCUUGUGGUUAACAGAAUGGGCUCCAGAGCCGCGUGAUAUAUUUUGGAAAAACCUGGCGAUCCCCUAUGUUUCCUUGACAAUUAGGAAGCUCAUAAUUGCUGUUAUCUUCUUUUUUCUGACAUUCUUCUUCAUGAUCCCAAUUGCAUUUGUCCAAACCCUUGCCAGCAUUGAGGGGAUUACAAAGAGAGCACCAUUUCUAAAAGUUAUCAUUGACGUACCUUUCAUCAAGUCAUUCAUCCAAGGUUUUCUACCUGGGAUUGCUUUGAAGAUCUUUCUCAUAUUUCUGCCUACUAUAUUGAUGAUAAUGUCCAAAUUUGAGGGAUGGCUAAGCAUAUCAGCUCUAGAGAGGAAAUCUGCAUCUAAAUUCUACAUCUUCACUAUUGUGAAUGUGUUCCUCGGGAACAUAAUUGCAGGAGCUGCAUUUGAACAACUAAAUUCCUUUCUCAACCAAUCAGCAAACCAAAUCCCUAAAACAAUUGGUGUUGCAGUCCCUAUGAAAGCAUCCUUCUUCAUAACCUAUAUAAUGGUGGAUGGGUGGGCUGGUAUUGCUGGAGAGAUCCUAAGACUGAAGCCACUAAUAUUUUACCACUUGAAGAAUUUUUUCUUGGUAAAAACUGAAAAAGAUAGAGAAGAGGCAAUGGAUCCUGGAAGCGUUGGUUUCAACACAGGAGAACCACAGAUACAAUUAUAUUUCUUAUUGGGGCUUGUCUAUGCUGUGGUCACACCAUUUCUGCUUCCGUUCAUAUUGGUCUUCUUUGGCCUGGCAUAUGUAGUAUAUCGUCAUCAGAUUAUUAAUGUAUAUAAUCAGGAGUACGAAAGUGCAGCAGCAUUCUGGCCAGAUGUUCAUGGACGUAUAAUUUUCGCUCUGUGCUUCUCUCAGUUAUCUCUACUGGGCUUGCUAAGUACAAAACAUGCUGCUCAGUCAGCACCUUUCCUGAUUGCCCUUCCAGUGCUGACCAUCUCAUUUCACUUAUACUGCAAAGGUCGUUAUGAGCCGGCUUUCACCAGAUAUCCGAUACAGGAAGCAAGGAGGAGAGAUACUCUGGAACAAGCAAGGGAACCGAACCUUAAUCUGAAGAGCUACCUUCAAAAUUCUUAUGUGCAUCCUAUUUUCAAAGAUGAAGAUGAGGAUGAAGAUGAGGACUUCAUGAUGAAACUGGAGAACGAUAGCGUGCUUGUCCCCACCAAACGCCAAUCAAGAAUGAAUACACCAGUGCCCAGCAAAAUCAGUGCUGGCUCGUCUCCGUCGCUUCCUGAUGCAGUUGGUCAUGAACAUUAAACAGCUUAGUAUGUUAGGUUGGAAUAUUUCACCUCCUUUAUGCAUGAGAGUUCGAUCAUGGAGCUUCAACAUUAGCAAUGGUACAGAGAGCACUUUAACACGGCAUAUAUGAGCUGGCUGCACCUGUUUCGCUGAAAGUACAAAACACUGUAGAGAACUCAUGUUUCUAGCGUUGUAGUAGCAUUAGAAGUUUUGCUCACUUUAAGGAUGUUGAGAUUUUUAGCAGUUGAUGGUUGUGGAUACGAGGGAUAUAUCUUGUAGACAAGCUUUGUAGGAAAGGUAUUUAUCGAUCUCGGUUAAGAAGAAA